AGGCGCAGGCGCGGCGCAUCGCGGGGCCCCGAUGGCAGCUGCACAGCGCGGCCGCCCGGCGGAGCGCGGCGCGGCUCGGCGCCCCCGGCGCGGGAUGCGCCGAGGAGGAGGAGGAGGAGGAAAAGGCGGCUGCGGCAUCUCCGGGAGCCGGAGGGACGGGGCCGCCACGCUCGGCUGAGCUGCGAGUCCCCGCUGCCCCGAAGGAUGUCCGCCCAGUCCAAGGGGACCGCAUCCUCCUCCUCGUCGCCGUCCGAGGGGCCGCCGGCAGCCUCCAAAGCCAAGGUGAAGGAGCAGAUCAAGAUCAUCGUGGAGGAUUUGGAAUUAGUCCUGGGGGACCUGAAAGACGUGGCCAAGGAACUUAAGGAGGUGGUUGACCAGAUUGACACACUGACUUCUGACUUGCAGCUGGAAGAUGAGAUGACAGACAGUUCCAAAACAGACACGCUCAACAGCAGCUCCAGCAGCACAACAGCUUCCAGCUUGGAGAAAGUCAAGGUGCGGGGCAGUGCACCGCUCAUCAAGCCCCCUGCGCACCCCUCUGCUAUCCUCACUGUGCUGCGGAAGCCAAAUCCACCCCUGCCACCACCACGACUGACGCCUGUCAAGUGUGAUGAGCCUCCAAGGCUGCCUCUUACAGCCAACCCUGUCAAGACUAAUGGUACCCUACUGCGAAAUGGGGGCUUGGCAGUUGGGCCCAACCGCAUCCCAAAUGGAGAUGUAUGCUGUAUACCAAACAGUAAUUUGGAAAAAACUGCAAUGCAGCCUCUGAUGCACAGACCUGAGAAAGAACGGUGUCCUCAGUCAGGAGCAAGGGAACGGGUACGAUUUAGUGAAAAAGUACAGUACCAUGGCUAUUGCCCUGACUGCGAUGUUCAGUAUAACAUUAAAAACAGGGAUGUUCACUUGCACAGUGACCCUGCCCGUGUUGUGGGAAAACUGCCACACCAGUGCCCUCCUCUGCCGCCUCCACCACCUCCCCUGCCUCCGUUCCCUCUGGAAAAUGGAGGGUUGGGGAUAAGUCCCAGUAAUAGCUUUCCUCCUCCGAGACCUGCGACUGUGCCUCCACAAACUGCACCAAAACCCCAGAAGACCAUCCUGAGGAAAUCAACCACUACAACAGUGUGAUGUAUGCCACUUGAAACAACUCCUUGUUUUUUUUCCUAUAUAUAAACAUAAAUAGGUAAUGAGCACUUUCUACUUCAGCAAUAAAAAGAACCAAUGUAUUACUCCCUAUGUCCAAUGAAGUGGCAUAAAAAUCACAUGACCCAUGUGAGCAAAAACAUUGUGUUUAACAGUCAUUAAGAUGAACCACAGACAGCACCAGUUGAAGCUGACUUUAAAAACAGAGCCAGUGUACUUUCCUCACACCCACAGCAAAGAGCACCUUCAGCCUUGAAGGAAUAUCUAUAUCUGGAGGCACAUCAGUUAAUUUCCUACAUAUCAGAUUCAUCAUAGUGACUUCUUGCAGACCAGAUUUGAGAAGUAACCAGGAACCUGACCGUCCCUGGAGAAUGGAAAAGCACUUCAAGUCAGAGCACAACUGAUCACAAAUGUAAUCCACAUUGAAUCGUCUUUCUCAGAUCUGACAGCUACAAGCCGAGCCCUGGCAAAAGCCACAGCCUUAAAUUCCAUUUAGUGGGAAAGAAGGAUAAAGAAGACUAUAUGUCUUGCCCCGUUGAGGAAAACGCUCUCUCCAAGCCUGAAACUUGAGUUCUGUGCUGAAUAACCAGAGUAACAAACAAAUGAGAUUUCGCGGGUCCUGCCAGCAUCCAAAAAUAUUUUAUUAUGUAGCCAAAAGGAGAAAAGGAGCACUUAGGUGACAGAAGAAAAUGAAUGCUUUUACUGUAGUGGAGGAUUGUUACCAUCUGUGGGAAAGAAAAUCUCUAUCAUCCCUUGUACAUAUUCAAAGCCAUACAGGAACAGGGCAUCGGUGAUGUUAAAUUGCUUAAAAUGAUGAAGUCUCCUGUCCUACAUCCAACUUUGAAGAAGGUCAGCUGUUAGAGACUGCAUCUCAAUGCACUUCUAGUAUUUGCACUGUCACUUCCAUUCAGGGUAAUGAUGUGCGCCAACAUUUGCACAGAUGGCCCCAGGAGGUUUUUGACUACACCAAACUAUAUUUUGCUGGGGCUCCAAAAGGAAUUAAAAAGUUAGAACUGAAGAAAAACAUUUGUGCUUUCUUUCACUAUGGGGAUCUCUUCACAGAAAGGACUAUGGUUCUUUCUUAGGUUUAAAUAAAUACAUGCAUAUACAUACAUAUAUAUAUAUGUAUAUAUAUGAAAAACCAUCAACAUGAUAAGAUGUGGUGCUGUUAUCCAGAUUAUUUGUCAAGACUGGACCAUGUAGAUACCCCUGCAACAUACUGGUGGAAGGGGUGUCUUGCCAAUGCCCAAACAUGAACCUGAAAAUAGAAACACUUUCUUGAAGAUUUCUCUCCUAUAAGAACUAAAGGGGGAAAAUUUCUCAUGAGGAAAAUACGUAAACAACUUCCAUGGCUUUGUUUGGAGUCUUGAAAACUUGGUUUCAACUGUUUUCCUUGCCUUCUGAGAAAUGUGAUCAGGUAGAAGGGAUUUGUUUAUUUCUUAGGAGACCCCUUCACUGGCACAAGAAACAUCUUUUUGAUAGAAGAAAUUGCACUGAGUUUCCGGCCAAUCAACACUCACUCUCAGGAGACAGGCUUUUAUACUUAACAGUCCUUUGGUUGUGUCUAGUGCAGUAAAUUUUGGCUGCAUUCUUGCAACAUAGUCCUUACUUAUAUUACAGCAGUCUGCUGUCCUGAUGAAAGCGGGUCUACUCAUGAAGACUAUAUGUCAUACAUACCUGCAAUGAGCUAGUUAUUAUAAGCACCUGGCAAUAGAGUGGACUGGCUGUCCAGAGUGUGUGUGUCUCAAAGAACACGUGUAAAUAACUGUUACAUCUCUGCUUACACUAAUUGUACUUCCUUAAUUGAAAAAAAUAACUUUAAGCAGUAGUUGUGAAGACUCAUUACACCACUAAGGAUUCACUGAGUAAAAUCUAAGAGGAAGCAAAAUGACUCCACUCAAAAUGGCUUCGUUGACCUAAAUAUCAUUGAUACUUUGAUGACAGUGGACAAGAAAACAUCUUGCAACUAUCCUGAAUAAUGCAGUUCCUUGAGGAAACAAGGCCUAAGAAGUUGUGUUAUCUGCCUCCAGGUCUCACUUUUUGAACUCUUGGCCACCAUCAUCCAAAUCGGACAUAAGAUUCUGCAUAUCAAUGAAAAAUGGUGAAGAGGAAACAUUCUAAGUCUGAAUCCUGCAAAAGCACAACUGCAGCAGAGAAGGAGAUCAUGGGUUAGAACUCUACAAUGUAAAGGUAUUAUUCUGGCGAAGAUAGAGGACCACAGAAGAAAAAAUCCUUGCAAAGUGGUGAAUCUCAAAUGCCUUCUGCAAAUCAGCUUCCUUUCCCUUAGACACUGCCUGAUCCAAUAUAUUUUGCUAAUCUUACUAUAAUCUGCUUUAAAAAUACCCUUGUCCUCAGACUCCUAUUUUUAAAAAGUCUUUGAACACACUUCAUUAAGAAAACUAUAAGCAACCCAAGCAGGAAUCAAGCAUCUGUAGUCUGUGAGCUCAUCAGUCAGACCACAAGAGGAUCACAACCUACGCUCCCUUGUAAUUCUUCUUCAGACACACGAAGGACAACAGUACAACCAGGAAUAGUCAGCAGGCUCUAUGAGCACCUCAAUGGAGCAGCUCGAUUUUCUUCUGUGAAUAGUUAUGUAGAUGGAAUGACAGUAGUUGUACCAUAACUUUAGUCAGGCUUUUGACACCAUCUUCUGCAGCAUUCUCAUUUGAAAGCUGAGAAGGGAGAGGUUGGAGUAAUAAGCAGUUGGUUGGAUAAAAUGUACCUAGCCCAGAAGGUUCAAAGGGUCAUUAUAGGCUCAGUAAUUACUCAACAGCCUGGCAGCCAGUCUCAAGUGGGAGCACACCGAAUAUCUAUGAUAGAGUACAUAUCACUCAAUACCAUCAAUAAAGAUCUUGGUCAUGAGGCAGAAAACACUCUCAGAAAAUUUAUGGACAAUAUCAUACUAGAGCUAGAGCAGUACUGGACCAGGUAACCCAACGAUUCUGUGGACUCUCUAUUAUUGGAAGUUAUCUCAACAAAAACAUGGUUUAUUUGUUCUGUUGUUGGCUGUUACUCUCCUUCAGAAGGAGAUUGGACUAGAUGACAACCAAAAGCCCCAAGGAGCAAUUUUAUGAUCCUGUGAUUCUAUUACCUGUGUGUACUACUGUUCUGGUUUGAGCUGAAGUAGAAUCAGAUUUCUUAUUUUUAAGCUAAGCCUCAUCGAAGUAACUUCAUUUUCUGAAAGUUAAAUACAUGUUUUUCAGACGUUUCUCUCUAGAAUUGAUAAUAUUGGGCACUAGUAUGCCAUUGCUUAUAGUUAUUCCUAAAGAAACCAAGGCCAUCCUGAAGUUCAUGGAACACUGUAAAGGAGAGGAGCGAAAAAGUGUCAUACAUACAGGGAGAAGCAGACAUGACAGGUGACUCAAAACUGAUCACCGGAGUAUUCUGUCCCAUAUACAACAUAUUUGGUGUAAAACUGAGGGAUGGUGAAGGUCAUGCUCUCUUCUUCGAUGGUCAACAUUCAGUGAAGACCUCAUCUCUCUUUUAGCCUUGAUUCGGAAUCUAUGCAUUCCUGAAUCCAGUUCCUGAGUCCAGAUCUCUCCUGCCACUGAGUCUAAGCCAGGACAUUGUCCUUGUGCUCAGUCUGCAGCAUCUGUGGUGACAUGGUAGUGGUUGACGGGAGGGGCGUUCAAUUUCCUGUAUUGGUACAUAUUUUUUUAUUCUCUUAUUAAUAUUAAUUUCAUUAUUACCAUUAUUGUUUCAUUAAAGUUAUUUUAGUUUUAGUUUCCAGCCCACGAGUCAUUUUCUCCCAUUUCCCUUUUCCCUUUUUCUUUGACUAGGGAGGAGAGGGAGCUGGGACAAAACUGCUCACACUUUGCUGCCAGUCAAGCUGGGCUGGAGCUAAACUGUGACAAAUACAACAUUGAGUUUUCAGUAUUAUGAGUCAAAGGAUCCGAGAAAUGAAGAUAUAGUUUUGUCACUUCUUAUUAUGGAGUAAUAAGUAAAAAACAAGUUUCAUGCCAUAAAUCAUUCAUUCAUUUUAAAACCCUGGUUCUACUGUAUAUUAUUUACUUCAUUAUGAGAUUUAUUUUUGGUCACAUCCUCUAUUAACUAGUUUUUAGAAAUAACAGGCAUAAAAAGCUAUUAGUCAAUUUGGAGACACAGAGACACAUUCUUCACACCACUCCAUUCCUUACUCACAAUAAAUAGCAAUAGGCUGUCUGAUAAGGAGCAGAAUGUGGAGACGGAGUACUGUGGGCUAAAGAAGUAGAGGUUUUCUUUGUCACAUUAAGUAGCAACUUAGGUCUCACAUUAGUUUCAAAGGAGUCCUUACAAAAUGGUAUAUUUCUUAUCACGGGUAAGAUCUGAUCUGGAGGAGUAUUUCCAUUACCUUCCUGAAAAUAAUGAUUCAGAACAGUUUUUUUUCAGAGAGUAAUUUUCAAGAGUAGGAUUGACUCAAAGCCUCAUGCAAUGGAAACAGUUGGUAUAUGGAUUGGUAACCCACUGUAUUAUUUCAAGUAAAACCAAUGAUUAGCAGCAGUCUCAAAACCACUGUCUCUUCUUUUUCAGUUCAGCUCCACUACUGAAUGUAUAGCAAAACCAUCUAUACUUUUAUCCAGCUAUAAAAGAUGCUUUGCAUUGUCCCUUAAGCAUUUACAUAUACGGAGAAGAGAAAAGGAAAGUCUAAAAAGAAAACUUUAAACAGCUUAAACUGAGAUUUGGUAUUCAACCACCAAUAAAGCAGAUCGCAGGAAGGAAAUGAAUAUGCAUUAAACAUAGGGUAUUCUUUGUCCUCAUGGAAAUACUGACUGCUUCAGCAGUGGGUAAUCUAACUAUUAUUCAUAUGUCAUGUACUUACAAAAGAAGAAAUAAAUUGAAAAAGUCAUAAUGAUUUUAGAAAACUAUGUAACUCUGCUUAUUAAGGAGAAGACUUCUAUAGAUAAUUACUGUUUAUCAGAAUAAAUAGAUGCAGGUGUUGACAUAGGCACUAUGAAUUUCACUAUUAUUCCAUAAUUAUGUUUGGAAGCAAACACAAUAUUUUACUAUACUCUUUUAUUUCUUCAUUAAUUUUUUCACAAAACAAGGUCACUAAUUAAUUUUAUGAUCUAUCAUUUCCUACUUCUAUUACUGCCUCCCUAUUAAGAGAGAUCAUUUUAACAGGGUAAGUGUGCUGUCUAGAAUAUAUUAACUGAGCAUUAUGUUGUAUUUCAACCUGAUGGUCCAAAUGGAGGGAAGAUGCCUAUUGUAGAGUCAUAGAACGGUUUGGGUUUGAAGGGACGUUAAGGAUCAUCUAGUUCCACCCAUCCCUGCAAUGGGCAGGGACACCUCCCACCAGACCGGACUGCUCAACUCCCCGGUCAAUCUGUCUCUGAACCCUCCAGGGAUGGGACAGCCACAACUUCCCUGGGCAACCUGUGCCAGUGCCUCACCAUCCUCAUCGUGAAGAAUGUCUUCCUGAAGUCUAAUCUAAAUCUUCUCCCUUCCAAUUUAAAGUCAUUCCCCCUUGCCCUGUCACUACACGCCUUUGUAAAAAGUCCCUUCCUGGCUUUCUUGUAGGCUCCCUUCAGGUACUGGAAGGUUGCUAUAAGGUCUCCCUAGACCCUUCUCUUUUGCAGGCUGAACAGCCUACCCUUUCAGCCUGUCCUCAUAUGGGAGGUGCUUCAACCCUUUGAUCUUAUUUGUAGCCCUCCUUUGGACCAAUUUCAACAGUUCAGUUGCAGAACUGGACACUGAACUCCAGGUGGGGUCUUAUGAGAUUGAAGUAGAGAAGGAGAAAUACCUCCCUCGCCCUGCUGGCCACGUUUCUUUUGAUGCAGCCCAGGAUAUGGCUGGCUUCUGAGCUGCAAGCGCACAUUGUUGACUCAUGUGGAGCUUCUUCUCAAGCAACACCCUCAAGUCCUUCUCCACAGGGUUGCUCUCAAUCAUGUCAUCCCUCAUCCUGUAUUGAAACUGCAGAUUGCCCUGACCCAGGCGUAGGAUCUUGCACUUAGCUUUGUUGAAUCUCAUGAGGUUCACAUAGGCCCACUUCUGCAAUCUGUCCAGGUCCCUCUGGACAACAUCCUGUCCUUGCACGGUGGCACCUGCCCCCUCAGCUUGGUGUCAUCUGCAAAUUUGCUGAAGAGACAAUUGAUCUCGCUGUCUAUAUCAUCAAUGAAUAUAGCACUGGUCCCAGUACAGAUCUCAAAGGGUUAUCACUUAUCAUGGAUCUCCAUCUGGACACCAAGCUGAUGACUGCUAUGCUCUGAAUAUGACCAUCAAACCAAUCUUUAUCUACCAAACAACCCACCCAUCAAAUCCAUAUCUCUCCAAUUUAGAGAGAAGGAUGUCAUGGGGGACUGUGUCUAAGGCUUUACAGAAAUCCAGAUAGAUCACAUCUGUUGGUUUUCCUAUGUCCCCUGAUGUGGUCACCCCAUCAUAGGAAGCUACUAGGUUGGUGAGGCAGGCCUUGUCCUUGGUGGAACCAUGCUGGCUGUCUUGAAUCACCUCCAUGUCCUCUAUGUGCUUUAGCAUAGCUUCUAGUAGGAUCUGUUCCAUGAUCUUCCCAGGCACAGAGGUGAGGCUGAUAGGUUCAUAGUUCCUCGUGUGCCAUCCUUUCUAGCCUUUUUAAAAAUGGGCACAAUGUUUCCCUUCUUUCAGUCACCAGGGAGUUCCACUGACCUCCACGGUUUUUCAGGUAUCCUGGAGAGUGGCUUGGCCACUACAUCAGUGGAUUCCUUCAGAACUCUGGGAUGUAUCUCAUCAGGUCCGAUAGACCUAUGCAUUUUCAGAUUCCUCAGGUGGUCACAAACCUCAUCUUCCCCCGCAGUGAGAGGGGAUAUACCUCCCUGGUCCACAUCUUUUUUUCCAUUGACCCAGGAGGGGCAAGGAGAGAGGUUGUCGGUGAAGACUGAGGCAAAAAUGUUGAGUACCUCGGCCUUCUCCUCACCUGCGGACACACAAGGUCACUAUUUUCAUUCAUCAGUGGGGGCAUGUUUCCUUUAACCUUCCUUUUCUGAUUUAUGUACCCUUAGAAACCCUUCUGGUUAUUCUUUGCUGCCCCUGCCAAGUUCAGCUCCAGCUGUGUUUUGGCCUUUUGAUAGAAUUUUUCUUAACCAUUUUAUUAACAGUUGAUUUUGUCAGGCUUUAAAUUUAAAACCUAUGAGUGAGUAAUAAAACGAGAAGUGACAGAACUGAAAUGUUACUUUCAGACCAGCAAUGUUAUUGACUUACAGCAGUCUCAUUCUCAAAAACCUUAUAACACUGCUAGUACCUAUCCCAAAUCCUCCUCGGGUGGUCUGCCGCUUACCACCUCCUGGGACAAUUCACAGUUAUAGGCUACUUCAACACUUACUGCAGAAUUACUGAAUACUUUAAAAUAAUAAGGUUUGGGAUUUUUAUUUGAUUAAAUUUUUGGGGUUCAUCUAUUUGUUUGGAGGUGUUUGUGGUUUUUUUUUAAUUUGUUUUUCUUUUUCCUUUUUUUUUUUUUUCAUUGUGGAAUGAUCCUGUUUCAAACGGUAGGAAAAAAACCAACUUGUGACGAUUUACUAAGUGCUAUUCUUGCCAUAGUGGACUGUGGUAAGAAUAACAGGGACACCUUCUUCCAAUUUCUAUUACAAGGUAAGUCUGCAUUGCUUCUACUGUUAUGAUUGUAACUAUCACUACUGCUUCUACUGACUUGUUAAUAUUGGAAGUAUUAUCCACUAAGAAGUGAAUAACAAUUCCUAUCUGUCUCCCUCAAAUAGUAUUUUGAUUUGACCAGACUUUGAACUGACAAACCAGGACCUACCUGAAGCCUUUACUUUUCCUACAUUAUUAAAAUAUGUACUAAGCAUAUGCUUUGGGGAAAUGAUAAUUGUAGUUUCAGUGAUUUUUUUUUGUUUUUAAUUUGGGGUAGGCAUUUACGCAAGUAAAUAUGAAUAAUAAAAAUUAGAAACUGUUUUGUUGACUGGUUAUUUUCUGCAGGCAUGCUUAUAAGAUAACUAAAUUUCAGUGGUCACUAUGUAAUCAGAAAAAAAUAUCCAGAGAAUUAAACAAGGUGCAUUCACAAAAUUAAUGAUGUGUUUAUCUCCUUACAGUAAGAAUAUCAAAUUCUCUUGAGCUAUCUGGGAAUUCUGCAUUGGCCACAGUUCACACCAUUAAAUACAUACAUUAUGGGACAUUUAAAAAAUUUCACUUAGCAGUAGUCAAAAGUCUAGAGGAUUUUAUAAUAACUAUAUUUGUCAGGAAAAAAAAGAAGAAGGCAGUAGAUAUGUCAAAGAGUUGAUGGCAUAGCUUGGGUCACACUGAAAAUUUGGUUGUAUAGAACACUGGAAUUCAUUAUGCUUUGAGAACUGGCAUUGUCAUGUGUGCAGGGAGGAAGGGACAUGACAAUAAGAUGAAAGAAAGAAUUAAAUCAAUGUCAUCUUUUAUGUAGAUGUGUGUAUUUAAUGAUGUCUAUGUAUGCAGCUUAUGUGGAGGAAGAUGAUCCAAAAUGCACCAGAUUCAGCUUCCAAAAAUCUUGACAAAAAUGUGUUGCCCAGAUUCAGAUACAACAACUGCAGAACUCUGGAGUUUUGAAGAAAAUGUCUUUCUCUCUUUGUUCCCUGGCACAGCACCUUGGCUGUCAGGGGCUUCUGACAGAACCCCAGCCAGAGGGGGAGGGAGCACCAGACACACACUGCGUGGCACUCUCUAGUUUUUCCUGCAUGGCCAGGAGAAGGACGUUAGGAAGUGGUAUUGCAAGAUCAGCUUUAAGCUAGAAGCCCAUGUAUGCAAACUGAGGGCAAAGACAGCUGCUUACAAGGGAUCAUCCAAGAAAUCUAUUUGUUUAAUUGCUACUGAAAUGUAAAAAGACAAUCAGUGAAUCCCCAGGUGUGGAAGAAGAUCACAUUCUCUGAUUCUGGUGAAGGGACUUCUGGUCUGGCAGUGGAACUUCUUGUGAAGUUAUUGAAGGGCCAGGUCAUAGCAGCACAGAUUGUUAAGUCCUAAUAAAACUGGGUAGUAGAAAGGCAAAUUGUGAAGUCAUCGAAAUGCAGAGACAUUGAAGAGAGAAUUGUGAUGUUAUAAAAGGGCCAGGUGAUAGCAGGACAAAUUGUUAAGUCAUAAUAAGCUUGGGCCACCAUGAAUACAGAGAAGAUGAAAUGUGUGUCUGCCUUUCCUGACCUCGCAGAAUAUCCCCCUGUUGUGGGUUUGCUGUGGACUGAAAAACAGCAGGUGCCAGUUGCUAGCAUGAUGGUGCAUCCGCAGCAAUAUCACACCAACCAAGACUCUCUGGUUCUCAUCCAUGAACCUGAUUCAUCAGUUGGAGAGCCAAGAAAUGUUCAGCAAUAAUUGCUCAUCCUGCAGUACUGUCACUAUGUUGUUCUCAAUUCCUUUGGCAGCUGAAUUUAGGCCACUGUUGCCUUUCACAUGUACAGAUGUCCAAUACACCUGGAAUUGACUGCUCCAGGGGUGGAAGCACAAUCCUACUAAUAGUCACGGAAUAAUCCACUCUGCACUGGAAUAGGGUCAUGCCCCUGAACAUCUGCAAUAGAUGGACUGUAUCAUUAUGUAGGCCAAUGGAGCAGAAGUGUUUAGAAGGCAAAAAGAAUAAUUCAGAUUCUUCUAGAAGCUGGUUUGGCCGCAAGAAGAAACAAAGUCAAAGGACAUGCACAGGAAAUCCAUUUCUUUGGAGAAAAUUGGCAAGAUGGGUGGUGUCACAUCCCCAUGAAUGUGAUAAAUAUGAUGACACCUAUGUCCCCUUGGUUCAUAGUGAUUCCAAUAGAUGUAACUAUUUUUAAUUACAAAUGGAGAGUAGACCCUGGGCUUAAGUAGAUAUUGAAAAUUCAGCUGUUUCUCCACUUUAUGAGGUAUUUUUAGGAAGCAGAUUUCAUUUCACAAAUUAAGCAGAAAGUGUGUGGUAGAUCACAGUAUUAAUUUUAAUCUUUUCCAGUUCCUUUGGUCUGGUAUUUCCAAGGGUCUAAUAGAGUUAGGCUUCCAACUCUCAUUGGCCUUUAAUAGAACAUGGCCACAUUAAAGACAAAUCUGAGGCACAUUCCCUGUAUAAGAAUUGGUUAUUGUCUGAAAUUGUCCAAAGUGAGAGAUACACUCAAAUUAUUCCUUCAAACUGAAUUGAAGACCCAUCCUUGAGUUAAGUUCCAAGCACCUUUCAAGGGCGGUAAAGUAAAUAUCAUGCUUUUUUUAGUGUAGUUCUUUCUUCCUAAACAGAAGAGUUGAAACGGCUGAAGAAAAAUACCCACCUGCAUUAGUCCGUUUAUAAAUCUGCUAUCACUUCUUUAUAGUCUGGCUUCAAAAAUGUCAUAGACGUCAGGCUUUUGGAAAGAUCUUAAAAGCUGCUAUACAUUUAUCCAAAAAAGCUUACCUUUCUUCAUUUGGGGGGUGAGGGGUGUUGUUUGUGUACUACAGUGUAAAUGAAGGCAUUGUAUUAUGAUGUUGUGAUGAUUUUUCUUGGGAUAAAUUUUCUUCAUACUAGCUACAAUGGGGCUAUAUUUUCGAUUUAUGCUUAGUAGUUGAUACUGUAGGGAGGUUUUAGUUAUUGCUGAGAAGCGCCUACACAGAGCCAAGGUCUUUUCUGUUUCUCACCGUAUCAGCAAGCAGGCUGGGGUUGUGCACAAGAGGUUAGAAAAAGGGCACAGGUGGGCCAGCUGACCCUAGCUGACCAACGGAAUAUCCCACCCCAUGUGAAAAGCUAAUGAAAGAAGGAAAAGCAGGGUGUUUGGGUUGAUGUUGUUUGUCUUCCCAAUUUACCACAAUGCGCGACGGAGCACUGCCUUCCUGGAGAUGGCUGAACAUUUGCCUACUGAUGGGCAGUAGUGAAUGAAUUCCUUAUUUUGCUUUGCUUGCUCACAUGUUUUUUGCUGUAACUAUUAAACUGUCUUUGGCUCAAAUCACAAGUUUGGUCACU